GCAGCCAGCACAGCGGCUGGGCGGCCAGCCGCUGCCUCGGCCGGCGGCACGGCAGGGGGCGCCUCUGGCGGCACCUCGUCACGCGAGCGCCGGAGGGCCCCACGCAAGGGCCCCAAGCUAGUCGAGAGGCCCCUGCGGGCACUCUUCUGCCUCGGACUGGGCAACCCAUUGCGGAAGCUCUGCAUCAGCGUGGUCGAGUGGAAGCCCUUUGAAUAUCUAAUUCUGUUAACAAUUUUCGCCAACUGUGUGGCUUUAGCUGUUUACACUCCCUACCCCAACAGUGAUUCCAACCAAGUGAAUGCCACUCUGGAAAAAGUGGAGUAUAUAUUUCUAGUGAUAUUUACAGCCGAAUGCUUUAUGAAAAUUAUUGCCUACGGCUUCCUGUUACACCCAGGUGCUUACUUACGCAACUCUUGGAAUUUUCUAGAUUUCAUAAUUGUAGUUAUAGGUCUUAUCAGUACAGCCUUAUCGGCAUUUAUGAGAGAAGGUUUUGACGUGAAAGCGUUGCGUGCAUUCCGAGUUUUGAGGCCACUGCGGCUUGUUUCUGGAGUGCCAAGUUUACAAGUUGUUUUGAAUUCCAUUCUGAAAGCCAUGGUGCCUUUGCUUCACAUCGCUCUCCUUGUGGUGUUCGUCAUCAUCAUCUACGCCAUCAUCGGACUCGAGCUGUUCUCAGGAAAACUGCAUCAGACCUGCUACAACAAUGCAACCGGGGAGUUCGCCGAGGAGGAGCCUCACCCGUGCGGGGAGUCGGGCUUUGUGUGCGACGCCAGCAAGGGUCACGUGUGUCGCGGCCCCUGGGAUGGCCCCAACUUCGGCAUCACAAAUUUCGACAAUUUCGGGCUGGCCAUGCUCACCGUGUUCACCUGCGUCACCAACGAAGGAUGGACAGGGGUGCUGUACAACAUAAACGACGCCAUGGGCAACGAAUGGCCGUGGAUAUACUUCAUCAGUCUCAUCAUUCUAGGAUCAUUUUUUGUUCUGAACCUCGUUUUGGGUGUUCUGAGCGGGGAGUUCUCCAAGGAGAGGGAGAAGGCCAAGGCGCGUGGCGACUUCCACAAGCUGCGCGAAAAGCAGCAGAUUGAGGAAGACCUGCGAGGAUACCUCGACUGGAUCACACAAGCUGAUUCUCUCUGGCAACGCUACGUCAGUUGGUGGCUACAAAAUCAUCUUCAGGUUUUAGUGAAGGAUGAUGCCUUCGUCAUCCGCAAGUCUGAGGACUUCUUCCUGAACCUACAAGAGGACUUAGAAGCCGACGACAAGGAGGCCACCGAGGACCGGCUUACCAGUCAAGACACCGACCGGGAGCAACAGCGAGAAGGGGACACGGUGAGCGGCGACGUCGUGGUUCCUUCCUGGUGGACGUCAAAGAGUAAGCAGCUGAGUCGCACGAACAGGAGGCUGCGGCGCGCCUGUCGCAAAGGCGUCAAGUCACAAGCCUUCUACUGGAUUGUCAUCGUCCUUGUGUUUCUGAACACGUUGACACUAGCAUCGGAACACCACACCCAGCCUGCGUGGUUGGACCAUUUUCAAGACGUGGCGAACAUGUUCUUCGUGGUGCUGUUUACACUGGAGAUGCUGCUGAAGCUGUACAGCCUCGGUCUUCAGGGCUACUUCGUGUCGUUGUUCAAUCGAUUCGACUGCUUUGUGGUGAUCAGCUCCAUCUUGGAGACGGUCUUCACCUACACUGACAUCAUGCCUCCGCUGGGAGUCUCCGUGCUUCGCUGCGUGCGUCUGCUGCGAAUAUUCAAGGUCACCAAGUAUUGGGCGUCGCUGCGCAACCUGGUGGCGUCGCUCAUCAACUCGAUGCGGUCGAUCGCCAGCUUGCUGCUGCUGUUAUUCCUGUUCAUCGUGAUAUUCGCGCUGCUCGGCAUGCAGGUGUUUGGAGGGAGAUUCAACCGUCCCACUGAAGACAAGCCGCGAAGCAACUUCGACACCUUCUGGCAGGCUCUGCUCACCGUCUUCCAGAUCCUGACCGGUGAGGACUGGAACGUGGUGAUGUACGAUGGCAUCAAAGCCUUCGGUGGUGUCGGAUCAUUCGGUGGAGUGGCCUGCAUCUAUUUCAUCAUUCUUUUCAUUUGCGGCAACUACAUAUUGCUCAACGUGUUCUUGGCCAUUGCGGUAGACAACCUGGCUGAUGCUGAAAGCCUCACUGCCAUAGAAAAGGAGGAAGAGGAAGAGGAGGAAGACGCUGAAGAGGACGAGGAAGAGAGGUGCAAGCGCCUCCGCCAGGAGCGGAAGCGGCGCCUGAGGCGGCGGCGUAGGCGGCGGCGCAUGCGCAAGCGGCGUCAGCAGCAGCGGGACGUCGAGCAGAACGGUGGUGGGGCCAGUCAGGACGAGGCAGCGAACGAGGCCAGGGCCAACAACAACGGCGGACACUCGGACAAGGCCGACGUCCUGGCCAGCCACAUGAACCAUGCGCCGCUCAUCAAGAUAUCUAAGGAAAAACAAGAGAAGACACAAGUACAAAUUACUGUAGAAGACACAAGUGCUGAUGAUGGGAGCGUGAAACACCCAGUUGACCAAGAGGAAAGCGACGAUGACGAUGAUGACGGUAGCGACGAGGAGGAUGAUGACGAAGACGACGACGAAGAUUACGGAGACGAAGGGGAGGAACUUGGGGACGAGGAAGACGAAGAAGAUGAAGAGGAGGACGACGAAGAGCUGGACGAGGAGUCUGAUGAUGAGUCAGUCAAGUCGGCACGACCGCGCCGCAUGUCCGAGCUCCACAUGAAGACCAAAAUCAGGCCCAUCCCCAAGGCCAGCUCUUUUUUCAUCUUCUCGCACGACAACAGAUUUCGCAUCCUGUGCCACAAGAUGAUCAACCACAGUUACUUUGGCAACUUCAUUCUCGUGUGCAUUCUCGUCAGCAGUGGUAUGCUCGCUGCAGAGGACCCACUUCGCUCAACCACACACCGGAACACGAUUCUGAAUUACUUCGACUACUUUUUUACCACUGUAUUUACCAUUGAGAUCACGCUCAAGGUUAUAGCUUACGGGGUGAUUCUGCACAAAGGGUCCUUCUGCCGGAGUUACUUCAACCUCCUCGAUGUCCUCGUCGUCUGCGUGUCGCUCAUCUCGUUCGGCUUCGGAGAUGGGACUAUCUCUGUAGUAAAAAUCCUUCGUGUCUGUCGCGUGCUUCGUCCACUUAGGGCUAUCAACAGGGCUAAAGGUCUAAAGCACGUAGUGCAAUGCGUCAUCGUGGCCGUGAAGACGAUCGGCAACAUCAUGUUGGUGACGUUCCUGCUCAACUUCAUGUUCGCCGUCAUUGGCGUCCAGCUCUUUAAGGGGAAGUUCUUUCGAUGUACCGACCGGUCAAAGGUUACACAAGCUGAAUGCCGGGGAAAGUUCAUCGUGUUCGCCGAAGGCGAUAUAACGCGACCGUCCGAGGAGAGCCGGAUGUGGGAACAGAACAACUUCCAUUUUGACGACGUCCUCAAAGCCAUGCUGACGCUGUUUACAGUUUCCACCUUCGAAGGGUGGCCAGACCUUCUGUACGUGGCCAUCGAUUCGAAUGAGGAGAACCACGGCCCCCUGUACAACUACCGACCCCUCGUGGCAGUUUUCUUCAUCGUAUACAUCAUCAUCAUCGCAUUCUUUAUGGUGAACAUAUUCGUCGGCUUCGUGAUUGUCACCUUUCAGAACGAAGGAGAGCAGGAGUACAAGAACUGCGAGCUCGACAAAAACCAGAGAAACUGUAUCGAGUUCGCCCUGAAAGCGAAACCCGUGCGGCGCUACAUCCCGAAGGCCCGCUUCCAGUACAAGAUGUGGUGGUUCGUCACGUCUCAGUAUUUUGAGUACGCCCUCUUCGUGCUCAUCAUGACCAAUACCCUCACCCUUGCCAUGAAGUUCUACGGACAACCCGAAUCCUACACGUACGCCCUGGAUGUCAUGAACAUGAUUUUCACCGCCGUUUUUGCCCUCGAGUUCGUCCUAAAAAUUGUGGCCUUCAGGUUCAAGAACUACUUCGGCGACGCUUGGAACGUGUUCGACUUCAUCAUUGUGCUGGGCAGCUUCAUCGACAUAUUCUACUCCGAAGUAAACCCCGGAACCAACAUCAUCAGCAUCAACUUCUUCCGACUGUUCCGCGUCAUGCGCCUCGUCAAGCUGCUCAGCAAAGGCGAAGGCAUUCGAACUUUACUCUGGACCUUCAUCAAGUCCUUCCAGGCCCUACCCUACGUCGCCCUUCUCAUUGUGAUGCUCUUCUUCAUCUAUGCAGUUAUUGGUAUGCAGCUUUUUGGUAAAAUUGGUUUGGAGAAUGAAGAUAGCGCCAUCGAUCGCAACAACAAUUUCCAGACAUUUCCCCAAGCUGUCCUGGUUCUCUUCAGGUCAGCGACGGGCGAGUCAUGGCAGGAGAUCAUGCUAUCGUGCCUGAACACGGAGGAUGUUCGUUGCGACAAAGCCUCUGAAGAAGGAGACCAGACCCCUUGUGGGAGUGACGUGGCGCUCAUCUAUUUCAUCUCCUUCUACAUCCUCUGCUCCUUCCUGAUCAUCAACCUUUUUGUUGCGGUCAUUAUGGAUAACUUCGACUACCUCACCCGCGAUUGGUCGAUCCUGGGACCUCACCACUUGGAUGAGUUUGUUCGGCUGUGGUCGGAAUACGACCCUGACGCUAAAGGACGCAUCAAACACCUGGACGUGGUGACGCUACUGCGCAAGAUCCAGCCCCCCCUGGGAUUCGGCAAGCUUUGCCCCCAUCGGGUCGCCUGCAAGAAACUAGUAUCAAUGAACAUGCCGCUCAAUAGCGAUGGCACAGUCAUGUUCAACGCCACUUUGUUUGCUGUAGUUCGUACUUCGCUGAAGAUUAAAACAGACGGGAAUAUUGACACUGCCAAUGAAGAACUGAGAGCCAUCAUAAAGAAGAUCUGGAAGAGAACCAGCCCCAAGCUACUCGACCAAGUGGUGCCGCCCGCAGCGGACGAUGAUGUGACGGUGGGGAAGUUCUACGCGACCUUCCUGAUCCAGGACUACUUCCGGAGGUUCAAGAAGCGCAAAGAGGAGCGAGCAUCGCAAAAGGAGCCCAACGAAAGCACCGUCGCCCUGCAGGCGGGCCUCAGGGAACUCCACGAGAUGGGGCCCGAAAUCCGGCGCGCUGUAUCCGGGAACCUGGACCAGGACUUCGAAGAAGGUCUAGACAACGAACCCAUGCACCGACGCAACCACACCCUGUUCGGCAACAUGUGGUCGUCGAUGCGGGCCGCGAGCCGGCCGCACGGCGGCGGGUCAGGGGCGAGCCACGUCCCGCCACCGCAGGGCUACCAGCACGCUAGGGUCUCACCGACGGCCUCGCUCGACCAUCGGCUUCCGCCACAGCGAGCCUCCAACCACGUGCAGCUGCGCGCCAAGAACGACGGCAUCGUGGCGUCGCCCAGGAGUAUCUCCAGCACGAGCGGCGAAGAGGACGAUGGCGGCAUCGGUCGCGCACCCACCCCGCCCCCCCGCCGAGGCCUCGUGGGCGCGGUGCGUGCAGGCAGCUUUCGGCUGCCUUGCCUGAGCAAACAGGACAGCCAUGAGCGACCUAUCCUGAGCUGCAGCUCGAGCUCGCACGACACGCCUCCGCUGUUCCGCCUGGGCUCGUCGGGCCUGCUGCGCGCGGGUACUGAGCCGUCCUCAUCCUCCUCGCUGCUCCACCCGACCAUGCACAGGAUCGCCGCCUCGCUGCGCCAGGCGCCCCUACCAGCCAUGGCCGUCGCGGGACUGGCGCCCGGAAGCCCGCCCGCCCUACUUCGGGGGUCGAGCCCGCCGCCCCGGGACGCUUCCUACACAGGGCAUCCUAUCACGCAACCAUCCUCGCCCUCGCAGUCUCUCGCAGGCGAAGUUGAAGCCACAAGCUGUCAACCACGACCAAACUUCCGAGAUGUUGAGACUAUGACCGACGCUCCUGAGGACGACGUGCCUGGUCUGCCUAUGUCACAGCAAACCGCACAUCUCACGCCUGGCAUACAAGCACCCAUCUUCCAUACCGACCUGCGCACGAACCGACGUACGCCGACUACUGAAGGUGUUUCCCCAAGUCAAGGCUCGUCGCGGGGCAGCCUGGGCCUGGACCAGAAUCACCUGACGAGCAGUGCGCCGAGGAGACCCGACGACUCGCCCAGCGCCUUCGUGGGAAGCGCCGAGAACCUGGUUGGACGGGUUCUCCACGAGCAAGGCCUGGGCAAGUACUGCGACGCCGACUUCGUGCGGGCCACUCAGCUCGAGCUGGCUGAGGCCUUCAACCUGACCCAGGAAGAAAUGGACCGGGCGGCGCACGAGAUCCUGCAGGCCGAGCGCCGCCGAAGCAUGCCGCAGCUGCACCGCCCGGGACACGGCACCAAUGACUACGCGGCUACAACAAGUCCGACGGAAGAAAACGCUGCGACGCACGUCGAGCUGCCUGUAGUGGCUACAUCGCCGACGGAGAACCGCAGCCCGCAGCGGGCCGACGUUGCCGAGACGUCUCCUACGCAACUCCAGUCGCAAGGGCAGCCGUCCGCGAACGGCAAAACUGGAGGCUUCAGGGAUACGCCGUUAUAGCAGCGACGACCUCUAGAAAGUGUUCAUGCCUUCGAGUUGGCUGUUCGGUGACAACGCGGACACUGCGCGUAAUCGAGGCGCCUGCCAACGCUGACCGCCUUUGCUGACGUCAAAGACUCGUUUCUUGCCAGCAGGGCCUAAGAAGUAUCACUAGGGGAGAACAGAAAGUCUCCUUCUAGUUAAAACAAUCGCGCGCUUGGUCGACAUGCUGCUUUCUAAUGCGACCACUAUAUGGGCAAUGGGUAGAUGCGAGCGGGCUGGCUGUGCAUUUUAAGUGUUCUUUCUUCUUUCAUACGGUGCUUCGCGCUGUCUGGAUCCCAAUCCAGUUUUGACCUUUCCAAUAUGUUUCACGGCCGUCAGCUUCAAAUCCAUGCCAUUAUGUAUUCGUCUGCAGCUCCUGGAAGAGACAGAUCGCCACGCGAUAAGCCCGUGCGAGACUACCUUCGCAUCCGGUUAAACUUACUCAACACGAAUCUUCGCGAAAUAGAACAGCAAUGUGACAUUGUCGGCAUAUACAGCGAGUAAUAGUUUAUCAAACUGUUCAUCGAACGACUCUGUUUUCUCUCUGUCGCUCUACGAACACACAUGGCCGACGAAAAGUAACACUUUCUUUGACGGAGUGGAGAGUUCAAGAGCCCGAGUGAAGCUGUAAAAAAAGAAGAAAAAAAAUGGUCGGUAUACCUGCGCGCGCUUAGCUUUUUUCAUGCCCCUCCGCUACCCCACUAUAGACUAGCUGCAUCGUUCUCACUGUGAGGCCGUGUAAAUAGCUGUACAGUCGUCUGAAGGGUCUUCGCAGAAGUUGAGAUGUCGUCUGAACACUCUAGUGCCUUUUGAUCUCUCUCCUACGCACUCUUUCUUCAUAGAGUGACUGUGGGCCUGUAGGACGUAACUAUGGCUGCAUUUCAAUGAUUGUGUGCCCCUGCAAAGCACUCCAGCCUAAUCACCACACCCUUCAUUGUUUCGCUUUGACAUUCAUCCCGCCUUCACCACUUAUUCUGGGAGCCAUUGAUGUGUGUUGAACUAAAAGAAUGCACUGCUCUGUUUGUAGCCCUCCAUACACGUGAAGAAAUCGUUGCUUGGCGCAACACGUCCAUAGAGCCCACACCGCCAAAGAGGUCCAUUUCACGGUGGAUUCAGCUUGCUUCGUACAGGCUUCAGAGUGGACAGGCACUUGUGAAGGCGGCAGCCGGUGUGAGUGUCUGUGUGUACGUGCGCGUGUGUUAUCUUGUUUCUGUGGCAUCACUGUUUAUUUGCUUCGUUAUUUGUUUGUGCACACUUCGAGACUGGUGGAGUUCUUCGAGAGACAUUGGAUCUUCUUUUUUUUUUCGAUCAUCUUCUGAAAUUGUGCAGCUGUGCCAGCCCCCGGUUUGGGGUGCAAUACGCAUUGUUUACGAAUCUACAGGUGCGCACCUUGUGAAGCUUCUUGCCUUGCUUUCUUGCACACGUGCGCUUUGUGAGCUGUGUCGCCCUUGCUUUUAACUUCAUACUUCGUGAGCGGGGAGAACGAAGUUAAAAAUAGAAUGGGAAAUUUUUACCUGCGCUCCGAAAAAAUAUCUCACUUUUUCAAGUGCAGCUUCGACAAGUGAGAACAGCACAAUAGUACGAUAGUGUUUCAGUGCGGUUUUCUGCAAUGAGCAUGGCGACCAGGUGAAGUCUGGAUGACCUGAAUCAGCUGAACGUUUCUCUAAGUACUCAUGCUCAACACUUUGACGCUGAAUUCAGACUAAGAUAACCAGCUAGCAAUAUCCAGUAAGUUGACGCUUACUUCGGGCUCCAGUUUUCACUAGCAAAAUUGAAUGUGAUAACAACUUUGUCAAUGGCGCAUAUACAAAACCGAGUUAUCUCAGCGCAUUUAACCUGUUUUGAAAUACCGCGAAUACAAUACAGCAGGGUGAUCAGAAUGACUGUGAGUUUGUGAGAGUCACUAUUCAUGAGACAAGUUCUCCUUUUUUUCUCCUGGAUGAAUGGUGAUGUAGCUUUGGUUUGCAUUCUUGCUAUAUUCGUUGAUCCGUACUCUACGUCAAACUAAUAAAAAACGAAAAGAUGUGGCAUUUUUCGAAGUUGUAUACGCGCAUAGAAAUGUUGCUCACAGGAAUAUUUUAGGAAGUGACCGCCAUUUUAAACAGCCUGCAGGCUUGUUCUCUCAACUUGCGUAAUUCCUCCAACAUAUUGUGAGGCCGACGUGGAAGUGCACCCAGCAGCAGAUGUCGCGAGCUUUUGCAUGGCCGCUUCUUCGUAAAAAAAAAAAAAAAAAAACGCCAUGCGCAGUUUUUCUCGCAGGCCUUUCGCGCUUUAGCUUUUUCGCACAUUGGUCCUGCCUGUCCUCACUUUGCAGUGGCAUUGGCCGACGCCUGCUUUAGGGCGCAACAGGAGGUUCCCGAAACGCUACUACAGGCUAACUAGCUGCACGUUGGUGCGUGAAUCUCUUAUAAAUUGCAGCGACAGUUACGCAUAUGCAAAAGCAUGGCGCAGGGGAAACUUAAUAGGUUAUUUGUUUGCAAAGGGAUUAAUUCUUUCUGUUCUAUUGUUUGAUUAUUCGACUCACUCGAAUUUUAGAGAUUUUGAAAUAAUUAUAUAUAUUCGCAAAUGCCGUAUAUAACGUUAAUGCAUAGGCAAGUGCCGAGCAUGAGUACCGCACCACAUUCGGGUUCUUACAUAUUUUCUCCUUUAGCGUCCCAUUAGGUCAGUGACACUUUCAGUUAGUUUAGGCGAAACUCUUGCAGAGCGUGAACAACAAGCAUGUGAGUUGUCGGACCAAGUAUUUUUCAUAGUGGUGUAUUACACUGUACGGGAUAGCGAAGAAGCUUGCAGACAGAAUAAAGUGAAAACAAUCGUGGCAGUGCAGAAUAAUACAAUGGCUGCUUACUUUCUUUUUAUGGUGUCGAUACUUUCGUUUGAAAUCCCCCCCCCCUCACUCUGCUUUUCGUGUAACUUAACUUUGAAGACGUUCAACCUACUAUAACAAUAGAUGAAAACGUUCGUUACGAAUGAAUGCGAACAAAAGCGACAAUAUGUGCAGUUACGAUGUCAUCUCGAAGAGACAAAGCAGCGGAAUGUCUCGUACUUGGCUGAUGAUAAAUACAGGCUUCUAGUUCGUGCUCUUUUUAUACAACGUAAACUGAGUCGAACGGUAAAAAUUAUAUUGCUAUGUAAUGUUAUGAUAGUAUGAAAUUUGUUGGAAAGCAGUUUUGCAGUUCAUUACUGCUUUUUAGAGGACACAAGCAUCACAGCUUCAAUUGGCACGAAUGCUGACUCGGUCAAUCGCAUUUCGUUUGUGCCAACAGCCAUCGCCUGGCGGUAUCUACGUGGGAGUCCGGGAGGCGCGCUUGAGUACGACCGUAAUGAAGCUGAAUAAAAACGUCUAACUCGUAUGCGUUGACUGGAACGCCACACCGACCAUUGUAAAAACAUUUAAAUAACAUUUCUUGUAAUAAUAAAGACAGUCUUUUACGAGGUACUCAUUACAUAUGAUUCGUCUUGCGCUAACGAGACGCAGCUUAUGCGAAAUUGCUUCAGCCUGCGUAACGAGAAACGUUCUAUCUUAUUUCUCAGGUGGAGAGCCCACCUUUCGUAUAAUUAGUAACCCUCGAGCGUUGUACUAGCACAGAUUGCAGUUGUGUAGAAGGCGGUCGUCGAUACAGGCGACGCCUGCGCCGCUUUUCUCCGAGAGUAAAAGUGCUUAUCCCCGUAGUGGUGUCGAAGACGCAGAGCUGUUACCAUGAAGUAACGAGCAGGAAACAGCAAAGCCGCGCCUUGUACAUAGUGGGAGCACGCGCAAAGUGAGCCUUGUGAUGAUUCGUUGUGUCAGACUUCAUUCAGAAAUAAUGAAUAUUUGAGGUCGCUAUGUCUGAACGCUGUAGUUCAUGUAAUUAUUUCCUGCCUGCCAAAAAAAGUUGUGACGCAAGGCGGUGUUAAGUGGCAGCACUCCACCCAGUGGUCUGUCACACUAACACUAGCUGAAAUUCGUUUCUUGUUCACAGUAAUUUUGGCUAAGAUUUGUCUAACGCCAAUAAUGCUCAACGAAAAAACGCAAAAAAUCAUGAAAAGCAGAUGUAGACAAAAAUGUCAUUCAACAACCACUCUUUAUACGUCGAUGAGCUCAAAUAAAAGAUUAUUCUCUCCGCUGUUUGCGUGUCCCUACCUCUGUGGCAUCGCUCUUAUUUGAGCUUUAGCGUUCUUGAUUGAUUGAUUGAAACUUUAUUUUUGUCCUGAGAAGACGCAGGGGAGACCCCACGCCACCCGGCCUAAUCCCACGUUGGGACCGUCAAGCCGAGCUUGACGGCCCGUUCACGGGCACUCUGGACGGCCAGGAUUUGAUCCUUAAGUUCGGGGCUGCGUAAGAGCGGAGCCCACCUGUCUUCGCUGAGGGUGGUGCCGAUGGCUUCACAUUCCCACAACACAUGAUUGAAUGUGGCUAACAGCCCACAAGCGGGGCAAUCCGCACUUGGAUACCGUUCAGGGUAGAUGGCAUGAAGAACCGCAGGGUUAGGAUACGCACUGGCUUGCAAUAGUCUUAGGGUGACUGUCUUCGCCCUGCACAAGGCCGGGUGUGGGAGAGGGAAUACCCUUCUUGACAGAUAGAAGUGCUUUGUUAUUUCGUUGUACGUAAGUAAGGGUUCCCAGCGAGGCAGAGGGACUGUGGAGGCGGCGCGGUCAGUGAGUCCUCACGCGGCCUCGUGUGCAGCCCUCGUUCGGGUUAGAGGUAGCGCUUGCACACCGGAAUGUGUCAACAAAGAAGUCUUCGUAGUUAAAGCCUUUGUUUACGGCUGCUACUAUCAGCGGCGUUUAGGUCUAGUGCAAGUUACUGAGUGCCGAAAAUCCACUAAUCUGGUGGACCACAAUCAGUGCUUUCAAGCAAAGCGUGGGACGCACAAAAGAGUCUUUAAAUAGCACAAAAGAAAUACACACACGAGAAAAAGACAAUCAAAUGCCUUCGACAAGCCUGUUCGUCGUGUCCGAGUUAAUAUUGUGCAACGGGAAAGUGCGCAAGCACUUUCCCGUAGUACAGUAAUAACCAUCUUUUGAGCUAAGCUGAUCAAACUUAUUGCUUCGCCAAGCUUCCCCCAAAUUUCGUUCAUACAACGGACACUUUACAACUGACUGCCGUCUUUGUCGCACUAAACGCAGGCGCUUUCGCAGGAGAUGCACUGCGCCUUGAUUCAAGGCGCCCAGUGCGCUUGACGGGAAUGCAAACUUGAAGACGACAUGAAAAGCCACUGCACGGCACGCUGCCCCCUUUCAGACAUGUCCAAGCCGAGCUAGUCGGCUUGCAAUCUUCAUGACAUUUUUCGCGCACGUACGUCUCGUCAGGCGUGCUGAAGGCGGAAUCGGAGAACAAGCAGAAAAAUAACACGCGAUAUGCGUCCAUGACCAAGGUUACCAGUUGAUUCACAGGAUGUGGCAGCUUAUAUUUAAUACUGACCACUUGAUCAGCUAUAGCUUACGAGAAUCACCAAUGAGGCUGAAGCUACGGCUGCCGCCAUGCUUAGUGACGCUCCUUUAGUGUAGCUAAAAUUACGGACAGUACACGUAACAGGCGUAAAGGUAGGGUACGGAACGUAAAAAAAUGUGGCAUGCGCACUCAUGGUUAGUUCUUAACGUCAAGUUCCCAUGGGAAGCAGCCCAGUGCCGCAUGGCCCCUUGUGCGCGAGCUUGCUCCACACUCCGAGAAAGUGCUGCACCAGUUCUCUUUUCGGCGUUUUCCUCCCAUUGCGUCAGCACCAGCCAAAGAACGUAUAUACCCACGUUUUUCGCACUUUUAAAAGUUAAUGCGCACAGCCUUUUGAACGUAGGCACUGCUCUGCACGCACGCGGUGGGUUUGCGCUUAGGCUAAGUAGCCCCGUUGCCCCUUUUGCCGCAAGGCAUGUUGACGUUUGCGAACAGCGAGCCGUUCGGUGAAGGCCCUCGACUGAUGGUUGUUCUUACGCGGCACGCGUGAGAGGUUUCUUCAGGUUUUUCUCUUGUUACGGUCAGACGCAGCAACUGUCUGUGUUUUCGAAGUGGGCGCCCUUCGUCACAACGAACGAUGGCACGUGACCACUGACAGGGCAAGUGUUUUAUGCGCCUGUCUUGAGUAGUGAUAUAAAUGUUUUCUAACGGUGGUGUAGUAAGCGUUGCCAGUGUUGACGUGCCGUUGCACGUGGUAAUGGAGUAUUGCCUAGUGGGUGCACUUUACGUCCGCAUGCUUCAAAUUCGUGUAUUCUCUUACCAUUUUGGCACUGUGUACGCAUGGCGCAUAACUAUAGGGUGCUUUUAUUAAACGAAUGAACGAAAUAUCCUUGUUACGGAGACAAAUCUGCGCUUUUGUACAAUGUUAUCGCUUAGCAUGCAUUUCCUCCGAAGUGUAUCUUCAUUGCAUUACUGUCUACGACACUUUUACUGUGCAGCGUUUUCUUUAAAAUUUAUUGUGCUUAUCUCAGAAAUUGAAUGCAUAACCACAGAUGAUUCAAUUUUUUUCCUGCUAUUGUUAAUUAUCCUGGUAGCCUGUUUCAUAAUAAAGGAACAAAUCUAGGUAC